CAGUGUUUACCCUCUUCCCAACAAUCAAACCAGAAACAAACACUUUCAAUUCUCCAAAAAGAUGAACAGAGGAGCAGCAAUUUUUUUGUGCCUCUUGCUUGUGGUCAUGGAUAUUGCAGCUGGGAUUCUAGGCAUUGAAGCUGAAAUUGCACAAAACAAGGUUAAGCACUUGAGAUUGUGGAUAUUUGAGUGUAAAGAUCCAAGCCAUAAGGCAUUCAUGCUGGGGUUGGCUGCAGCAGUGCUUUUGGCAUUAGCUCAUCUUAUACUGAAUUUGGUUGGUGGCUUCAGUUGCCUUUGUUAUCAACCACAACCUGAUAAGGCUUCUCCAAAUAGACAGCUUUCAAUAGCUUCUCUCAUUUUAACAUGGAUUGUGUUGGCUGUUGGAUUGAGCAUGCUGGUGAUAGGAACUUCAUCAAACAACAAGUCAAGUGGUUCAUGUGGUUUCACUCACCAUCACUUCCUAUCCAUUGGUGGAAUUUUGUGCUUUGUGCAUGCCCUAUUCAGUCUUGUGUAUUACGUUUCUUCCACUGCCUCUUAAUUACUGGUUAAGAUAACUGAACUUUCAGGCCACUUCUGCUCCCUUUUUUCUGCCAUUUUUAAAUCUUUUGCUUUUCCAAAUGUGUACUAAGUUAGAUUAAACAAAAAUAGAACCAGUCUUCCUAUUCAUCCACUAACAUGUGUAGUUGAUUGAUUACAGUUAAACUUAAUUUCAAAACACUGAUUAAGCAUUAUUAUUUUAGACCUUCUUUUUA